AUGAUUUAAAGAUUGAGUUAUGCAGAUAUUAGAUCUCCCCAGAUAAAUUAAAACAAUUUUAAAUUGGCAGUUAAACCUUUAAGACCUUCUAAAUUUUUAAAUGACUUUGAAAGUGCCCCAAAAAAUUUUAUAAAGGAAAAGGAAGUUUAUGAAAUUGUUGACUAUGCAUUUCCUCGAACAUCAAGAAGAAGGGCUGCUUUAGGAAAUGAUAAAGUUUAAUAAAAAUUCGAAAUAGCACUACCAAGUGUUUAAAAUUUAUCAAUCCAUAGUGUAAAUCAACUUUCUCAUAGAGAAGUUACUGCUGAUUUGAAAAAGUCUGAAGUUUUACAUUUUGAUAAAAAAAUAGAAAACGAAUUAGAAAGCAUUAAUAGAAAAAUAAAAAAGAUAAUCAAUAGCAACAAAAGAUAAGUAACAUUUUAAUCAUCUUUAAUUGUGAUUGAUGAAUAAAAUAAGAUUUCUCAAGUAAGAGACCCAUACAUCUCAAAUGACAAUUAAAUUAGAAGAAAAACAAUAGUAAGACAUAAAACAUUAGAGGUUUGA